ACAACUCAAAAUUGCACAUAUAAAUACACUUGCUUUCUCCAUCUUACUCACUCAUCCCAAAUAAGUCAUAAAAGAAAUCCUUCAUUCAGUUAUACAAAGAAUCAUGGGUGUGACCACAUUUUGUGAUGAAUACACUUCCCCAGUUGCCCCAUCGAGGAUCUUCAAGGCCUCGAUCGUUGAUUCCCACAAUUUGAUCCCGAAGCUCCUGCCACAGGCCAUAAAAAGCAUUGAGAUCACACAAGGUGACGGAGGUGCUGGGAGCAUCAAGCAGAUCAACUUUGCUGAAGGUAGCCCUCUCAAGUGUGUGAAAUACCGUGUGGACGAACUGGACGAGAAGACACUGACUUAUUGCUACACGUUGGUGGAAGGAGAUGCUUUGGCGGAGAAGUUAGAGAAGAUAACGUACGAGGUUAAGUUGGAGGAGUCGGGCGAUGGGGGGUCGGUUUCCAAGGUGACGAGCAAGUACUACACUGCCGGGGAGUUCAGCCUGAAAGAGGAGGAAGUGAAGGCAGGGAAAGAGAGGGUGUUGGGAAUGUACAAGGCUGUUGAAGCUUUCCUCAUUCAGAAUCCAGAUGCCUAUGUUUGAUUCACUGUCAUAUGCUCUUUUUCUGAUUUGGUUUUCUUGUUUAAUAAACUUUGUAACUUUUUUUAGUUCAAUAAUAAAUGUGUUGGAUUUUCAA